UAACAGAUGGAAGGCGACGUUAGGUUCCGAGUGCUCCGGCUUCCUCGGCAAUCACGCAUUCGAGAUCUAAUCUGAUUCCUGCAUCUCUUUGUUGUUCUCCCCAUUGCGUCUUUGGGGAGCGUCGUUACCAUGCGGUCCUCCCUGCUCUUUGCAGCACUCUUCCUGUCCUGGGUUGGUGCAUUCUCUUUCAAUACCUACGAUCUGGGCUUCCACGGCCUCUAUCCUCGUCAGCAUUUCCAUACUGUCGACUUUGAGCCGCCCGCGCCCAAGAUAACAAGAUGGGAUUCCCGUUGCGACUCUGGGAACCUCCUCCUCACGCCGAGGGGUCCGUCGGUGAGAGGUUCUGCACGAGGUCCAGUCAUGCUAGAUGCGAGAGGCAACUUAAUAUGGAUGGACAACGACAACUUUGAGCAGGCCAUGAAUUUGGACGUGCAGAGAUACAAGGGCGAGGAUUACUUGACCUUUUGGACGAAAUCCAAGAAGACCCCUGAUUCCAAGCAUUCCCAUAAAUCAUAUGUGCUUCUCAACUCUUCCUACGAAGUUGCCCACAGGAUACACCCGCACAGUAAAGGCCUCAAAGCAGACUCUCAUGAAUUUCGCCUCACCCCUCACGGGACAGCGCUCAUCACGAUAUACUAUAAACAUAAAGCGGACUGUACAGAUUUAGGUUUGGGCAAGACCUGCUGGAUCCAGGAUGGUGUCUUCCAAGAAAUCGAUAUCGAGACGGGUGAUUUGCUUUUUGAAUGGCGGGCGACAAAUCAUAUCCGAAUGAGCGAUGUAUUCAGCAAGCCCUGCCGCAAAGACGGGUUUGGUAAAUCCAAGAAGGACGCCUUCGACUUCUUCCACAUCAACAGCGUCGACAAGAUGGACUCUGGGGAUUACCUGAUCUCCGCUCGUUACAGCCACGCCGUGAUGUGCAUCAGUUCCAAAACAGGCGAGAUCUUGUGGCAGCUAGGGGGCAAAAAUGAUAGCUUUGAAGAUCUUGAUCAUGCAACCGAUUUCGCCUGGCAGCACCACGCAAGAUGGCUGGGUAAUAAGACGAUAUCCCUCUUCGACAACCACGCUAACAGCGUCUUCCAUGGUACCAAUCAACAUAGCAAGGGCAUGAUCAUCCGACUCGACAUGGAGAAGAUGACUACCAGCCUCGUACAGAAAUACGUCCAUCCGGACAAAAUUCUCAAUGUAUCUCAAGGCUCGGUCCAAGUGAUUGCGAAUAGCAGCAACGUGCUCGUCGGGUUCGGCAACUCACCAACCUAUGUGGAGUACUCCGCGGGCGGCGAGGUACUUUGCAGCGCACACUUCGCGCCUCAUCUCGCCUUUGAGCUCGUUGACUUUGGCUUGGUGAAGUCGUACCGCGUGUUCAAGAGUCCGUGGGUGGGCAGGCCGAAGACCCUGCCGGUCGCGAAAGUGAGAAAGAGCAAAGUGUACGUGAGCUGGAAUGGAGCGACGGAAGUGACAAGCUGGAAGUUAGAAACGUCGAAGACGCGGGAUGUAAAGGACGAUGAGUUCGUGACGAUCCAAGAGCUGGAGCGGGACGGAUUUGAGACGAGUUUUGCGAUCGAUAAGAACCAUCGAUAUGUCAGGGUCGCGGCAUUGGACGCUGAGAAGGUUGUAUUGGCACAUUCUUCGGUGCUCAGGGCACCUUCGCCUUCAUCUAUUGCAGUUCGGUUGAUCCAAACUUUGUUCGUUUGUAUGGUGGUCUUACUGCUCGGCUUCGCGGGCUUCAUAACUCUGUACGCGAGGUCUCCUAGACUUCCAGGUCUUCCGCAAUUUGGUGAACUAUGCAAGGUUAGAGCCCGCUUACACAGGGCUGCGCAGGGCGAUGGCGAGGACGAGAAUUUUGAGACAGAGCCUUUGUUAAUGGGUACGAGAGAGCCAUGAGCGUCCCGUGUGCUGUCUUAUGGUUAGAAAGCUCGACCGAGAGUCAAAAGCCUGUCUUCCUGUUGGGCCAUAGAGUAUGUGCUUGCUGCUGGG